CAUCGCCGGUCCAAUCAUCAUCUGUGCGGUUGAAAAAUAUUUUCUUGUUUUCGUGUCGUCGGCUGUCUGAGGCUUGAUUUUGUCCAAAAUUCAGCAUGUAAAGAGGAACAUAGAGUCAAUUUUUAUUUGAAACGUAAGAAGAAUAAUUUAUAAAUAAUGGCUGCUGCUUGCAUAAGCUUUCGGUGGCUCGAGUUGUUGGAAAAGGAGUUUGACAAGGCGUUUGUGGACCUGGAUGUCACUCUCGCUGUGAUGGAAACAGAGGACUCUGACUGCCUUUACAGUGCUAGGCAAAGGAUGUCAACACUGAGCUCGUGCUUUGCCCAACUCACCCACAAAGCCCAAACGAUUUUCCAAAACAGUGCAAAAGUUGAGGCCGAGCUGGUGCAUCUUCGAACAGAAUUGGCCCAGGCGAAGGUAAAAAAUUCCACUCUGGAAAGUGAGCUGCACCGGACGCUACUGCAGCUUCACGCAAAACAACUCCACAGACACAGUGACACCUCCGAGCUUAGUCCGGAAGACGUGGCUGCGACGGAAGAGGCGCUUCGGAGAGUCCAAGCGGAACUUGAGCUUGAAGAACAAUGCAACGCCAAGGGCCACCCUGCAGCUGCGUUGGCCAAUGAAACAAAUAAGCUGCUGAUGGAUGAAAAUUCUGCUCUCAGAAAUUCUCUUCUAGCUCUUCACUCGGAAGUUUACGGUGCCAGACUUGCAGCCAAAUACCUGGACAAAGAGCUGGCUGGAAGAAUUCAGCAACUCCAGCUCUUGGGUCGUGAUAUGAAGGGUGAGAUUAGGGACAAACUGUGGCGGCAGCUGGAGGCCGAGAUUCUUUUACACAGACACAAAACGGUCAUUAGAGCCUGCAGGAGAGGAAGAAACGGGCCAAAUGCUGCACCACCCUCAAAAGACAUGUCUGCUGCUUGGCAUAGCCAUCAAGGCGUAGGCGAACCGAGGAGAGUAGCAAUUACCAGAGAUGCUGACGAGGGGUUGGGAAUUUCUAUCACAGGUGGUCGAGAGCACGGUGUUCCCAUUUUAAUUUCCGAGCUAGAGCCAGAAGGGCCAGCAGCCCGAACAGCAGCUCUUUACGUCGGAGAUGCCAUUCUUAGUGUCAACAGUAUUAGCUUAAGAGAUGUUGGUCAUUAUGAGGCUGUUGAAAUAUUGUCGGCGCAAGCUGGGACUGUAAGCCUUGAGGUGCAAUACAUAACAUCAGAGGAUAGUGAUGAUGAUAAUUCACUUACAGAUUUUGUGGAUGGAUUUAAGUUUAGAUUUUUUGAUCAAGAAGUAAUGAUGUCUGGAGAGAAAGUCAAUUUCCAUUCCGCAAGUAACGGUAGCAUUCCUAAAAUGCUUGACGCUUUUGAAGCCAAGGCAAUGAUUAACACACCAACAGCACCUCGAACACCAGAAAAUUUUCAAGGAAGAGAAAGUGUCGUUGACAACCACGAUUACUCGGAAGGUUUUGAGAGUCCUGCUCAGGAUUCAGCUAGUCAAGAGAGGCCCCUAAGCCCUGCUCCCCCUUCAACUCUACCAUCACCCCUCCCAAAUCUUUCAUCUCCUCCACCCUCUAGUGGCAGAUCAAUAUCCAGACUGUCUUCAACGUCAUCUCAGUCCAUGCUAGUGCUUGGCUCCCCAGGUCGGGCAGUGCCAGUAAAACCCCCUGAGCCACCUACCCCCACACACAAAAAGAAAACAAAGCUUGAUAGUGUGGUAACUUCAAAUCCAGAUUAUGAAUAUGGCACGCCAGUGUGAUAAGUGGACUUGCCUUCAGUCGUGUAAAUCUUUAUUCUUAAAAACCAUUCGUUGCAUUUCUAUCUACGUCUGCUUGUGAUUAUGUUUCCUUUCGUAAAGCAAAUUUUAUUUUUUAUUGUGCAUCACAUUUAUUAAAUAAAAUAGACAUAAUGCAAAAAACCAUCACAA